AUGUCCGAAAGUCCUAAAAUCAAAAAGCUCACCCGAUCUGAUUGGCCGAGAUGGAUCAAAGACUUUCAAGCCUAUGCUGGGACCAAAGGUUUGUGGGGAGUCUGCAUUGGUAGGGAAGUUGCUCCCACACCUGCUGACCCAAACGCUCUCAUGCGCGAUGAACACAUCGACAUGCUUGCAUAUGAAACUCGUUUAGAUAAGGCUAGUGGGGAGAUUUGGCUGACAGUAUCAGACGAACUACGCGAAGACAUCCGAGAUGUGCAAGGAGACCCGAAAGCCAUGCUGGAUACCCUGGAAGCCAAAUACAACAAGAAGGCACCAGGUAGUCGCUUCAAGGCUUACAAUGCCUUCCUUAAUACUAGCAUCCGUCUUGACAUACCGUCUCUUGAAAUUCUUCCUGCCCUCCUCACUGACAUCAGUGCUGCUAUGUCAACUGUUCGCCGAUUGCGUCCCGACAAUUAUGGGCUGGAUGAAAUGGAGGCAGAACUUGCCACCAUGGUUGCUCUCCGUGCAUUGCAGGUAUCGGAUAAUCCUGACCACCGUCUACUUGCCUCCAGUUUCAUGAUGAACCCAAAUCUGAGCUGGACUGACAUCGUAUCUGCCAUCGACCGCGACUUUCAGUCCAAGUCUGAGCCUGGUGUCAAGCAGGAGGAGGAUACAGUGCUUGCCAUGGCUGCUGGUCUUGGACCUUGUUUUCUCUGUGAUGGGCCACACUAUGUGAAGGACUGCCCUGAUCUUUCUAAAGCAAAAAGGAACCUUGCAUCAUCACCAUCUAUGAACCGUCGAGGACGUGGCAGAGGCCGAGGCACUGCAAACUCUGCGACUUCAUCCCCAAAGCCAGAGUCAUCCUUACCAACAGCUAAUUUAGCCGCCACAGCCGAAUUUGCUGGAAAGGCAAGUGCCUUUGCCUCUGCUGAUAAUCGCUCUCAGUGGUUCCGCUCCGAAGCUUCAGCUAACUGGAACACUGAUACAGGUGCCUCUUCACACAUGACACCUCACCGAUCCUGGUUCAUUUCCUACAGCAAACACCGAGUUCCAGUGCAACUAGCUGAUAAUAGCGUUAUCUACUCCGAGGGGAUUGGGUCAGUUGAGUUUCAGCCUGAUGGUGGGGGAACAUCCGUAAUCUUUCACGAUACACUUCAUGUUCCGGAUAUUGCUUGCAAUUUA